AUGUCGGGCGAUAGGGAUUCCGGUGCAACAGGGGAAUGUCCCUCCUUACCCUGGAGGGCCAUGUCCUCCGCGACAAUAUUUGGUGUCGCUGCGCUAUGUCGCUCUUUUUUUUUCCAACCAUAUCAGCGUGUACGUAUGUACGAUGCGCCUCAAAAUGGCCGAGGCGACCUGAUUACUCGCGACAAAGAAGAGUACACUGACCGUGGUCGAACGAGCAGUAUGGAUGAUCCGAUCAUGUGGGGUUUCCUACCAUUGCGAUACAAUUUUGGCUUCUCGAACUGGAACCGAAGAUGGGGAUUUGGCAGUCAUGACAUCUGCUUUCAGGGCAGGCCCUUGUCCCUGUUCUUCACCAUGGGUCAGGUUCUGCCCACCCAUCGACUUGCACACUCACCCUACGGUGGUGUCGCACAACCAGCCGUAACCCAGGCGAUCCGAUUGUUAUCGAAAGGACCCUUCCCCGUUAACGCGCACAAUGCCCGCCCCGAGCGACAACACUGGAGCCUACAAAACGUCUGCGUCGAUCCAUUUUCCGACCUUCCUAUGGCGUACACAACUAACGGAGAGGAUUCGCAUCUGGCUCCGUCCGCAUUCUCUUGCAACUCCUACGCCUGGGUUCAUAUUUUCCCGGAAGGCAAAAUUCACCAGGCACCGAACAAGACAAUGCGCUAUUUCAAAUGGGGCGUUGCUCGACUGAUUCUAGAAACCAACGAAUGCCCUGACGUCGUUCCUAUGUGGAUAGAAGGGUUCGACCAGGUCAUGCACGAGAGUCGCGAGUUUCCACGGUUCCUUCCACGACCCGGGCAGGACGUUAGUGUCACUUUCGGACAAAAGGUUGAUACUGACGCAGUAUUCGGGGAUAUGAGGCGGCGAUGGCGGGAUUUGAAGGCCAAGGCCGAAUCGAAAGCUCCGGAGACUCGCGACCUCCCCGUCGGAGUGCUGAGCGACGAGCUUCUUAACGGAAAGGAGGCAGUUGAGCUGCGGAAAGAGGUUACAAAAAGGGUCAGGGACCUUGUGUUAGAUGUAAGACGCUCGAGGGGGCUGCCCGAUGAAGAUCCAAAAGAAGGUCUGGUAGAGACCUGGAUCCAAGAAGGACCCAAACGGGAAGGAAAGAUGGAUGAUGAAUCUUGGGUUCGUGAUAUAUGA